AUGGCGCAGUCAGGCUCGAGCGUCUCACCACUCCCGCAGCCGUCGACGGCAACAUUAGAGCACAGGCGAACGCGCACUCUUGAGGCGCCCAAGAAACGCAAGGCGGACGCGGGAGACUCGCCGUCGGCCGACUCCCAGAGCGCGAAGCAUCAACGGCGGUUAGAGCUCCAAAAUGCAGCGGAAUCGUCGUCGGAUGCAACCGACGCCGGUUCUUGCCCGUCAGUAUUCGGCGUGUCGACGGCGCGAUUCGAGAUUUACUUCGCCUCAGAGGCGCAAUUGCUCGGGUCGGGUGAAUUCGGCGUCGUGCGACAAUGCACGGACCGUGCGACAGGCGAAACUUUCGCGGUGAAGACGAUUCGCAAGGAACAGUUAGUGGACGAGCGCAUGCGAGACGAGGUGCGGCGCGAGGUGGUGGCAAUGCGGAGCGUGGCGGGGCAUCCGGGCGUGGUGCAGCUUCGCGCGGUGUUCGAAGACGAGCGACAGGUACACCUCGUCAUGUACCUGUGCGACGGUGGCGAACUCUUCGAAGAAGUCGUGCGACGCGGGCGGUUACCAGAAAAAGAAGCAGCCCUUUUAUUCCGCCAAAUCGCGAGCGCAGUUGCAUUCUGCCACUCCAAAGGCGUCAUGCAUCGCGACCUCAAACCGGAGAACAUUCUUUUGUCGAAACUGAACAUUUCGGGUACAGACGUAACCUGCGCGAAACUCGCCGAUUUCGGCCUCGCAAUCGGACUCAAGCAGGGCGAGCGAGCGUACGGCGCAGCGGGGUCGCCAUUCUACAUGGCGCCGGAGGUAUUGACAGGCGAGUACGGGUUGGAGGCGGACGUGUGGUCGCUGGGCGUGGUGCUGUACGUGCUGCUGAGCGGCAGCGCGCCGUUUUGGGGCGCGGACGACAACGGCGUGUUCCGCGCCGUGCUGGAGGCGCCGCUGGACCUGACGAGCGGCGCGUGGGCGGGGGUGUCGGCGGAGGCCAAGGGGCUGCUGCGCUGCAUGCUGCACCGCGACCCGCGCCGACGCCCCUCCGCCGCCAAGCUGCUCUCCCACCCCUGGAUCCUCGUCCACGCCUUCGGCGGCCGCGUCGUGCGCCGCGUCCUCGCCGCGCCCGCGCUGCACCGCCGCCGUAUCGAGGGGGGCACUAGCGCGGCGGCGGCGUCAGGAGGAGAUGUGGUGCCAACAUCUGCAUGA